UCCUCACUGCAGAACAUGAAAUCCACGGGGAGGAGUCGGAUCCAGAGAUCCGACUCCUCCCACUAUAUAUUCUUCGCCCCCACGCGCCUGACCACAACCAGUACCAGCAUUUUGAUGAAAGUGGUCCAUUGUUUGCUCUUAUCAGUAUGCACAGAACAGUGUUGCGACAUGAGCAGGUUGUCAUUCAGAGAUGCCAGAGCUGUUGCUGUAAUUAUCAUUGCCCGUUCUGCGGACCAAAAGUUUUCAAACCCACCACAGAACUUCACGUGGUAAAGAAUCAUGUCUCCAACCACUUAUCGUUGGCAGUACAGCAUCAAGAAUUCCUUAUUGUCAAGUGCAACUUGCAGUGCAGAGUACAGGCACAUUUUCACUGUUGCUACUGUUCAAAAACAGUCAUAAGGAAAGUCCAGAUUAUAAAACAUCUACAAGUAUGUUCAAAAAGACAAGUUCCACCCACAGAAACUGUUGAGACAGCUGCAUUCAUUGAACCAGUUGCCAGCAGUGAACCAAUUAUUCCAAGUGAACCGAUUAUUUCAAAUGAAGAAGUUUCCUUUAAAGAACCAGCUGUGGCUGAAGGUGUCUCCUUGCCUGUAAAAUCCCUGGCUGUUCUCAAAAAUGUUCGUAUCCAGAAAAAAGUGCAGUGCGUUCACUGUGGAGUGACCAUCAACAAGAAAAAUCUUGAUGUUCAUGUUAAAAGAAAACACACUAAAAAGAUCUGUGAUGUUACAGAAAAUCGUCACCUACCUUCACAGUGCAUAGACCCAGUUAAUGGUAUAUAUGCAGUUGAAAAGUCAUUUUACAGACCAUGUUCUGUAAUCCAUGUCCAGAAAAAAACCUCAUGUCAACAUCCAGUUGUAAAAUGUGAAACCGACGAAUGCAGUACCAAUGCAGAAUUAGCCAAACGAAGUGGCUUUCAGCACUUUGAGUGUAUGCAUAUGAAGUCGUUGCAGUUCUGUCCAUGGCCUAACAGGACACCUGUUGUCCUUGAGGAAGAUGUCCUGUUAGACAUGAUAUCUGCAAAUGUGUUUGGGGAACCGACAAAAACAUCAUGCAUGGUCGCCAAGGCAGCAGCAAGUGCAGCUGGUGUUCCACUGUCUGUUGAGUUGACUAUUGGAGGUCCAUCUACAAAAAAAUACAUUUCUGUGUAUGAAAACAAAGUCUCGUACUACAGUAGACUUGGUAGAGUCAUUGCUUCCUAUGACAGCACUCGCAACACGUGGCAUUGUCCCUGUGCAAAGCCAAGAAGAUCUUGUUUGCACAAAAACAUAGCUAGGUGGCAUCUCUUCCAGGUACAAAGGCAGUUGUUUACAUCAUCACCAAUUGCCAGACCUGCUCAGGGCCUAGUACAAGAACAUGCCUUUCAGGAAAGUACCAGAUUGGAAUAUCCCCCCAGUGGUGAAGGUCUCAAACAAAUGGUGUAUUACUUGAUGAAAAACAAAACACUGCCAGCCGAACUCCCCCAGAAGUACAUCACAGGCUCAAUGACAAUCAAAGACAUUCCCAAACACCUUGUGCCAAAGGAGACUGUUUGCUCAGAAUGUACAGGCAAUGUGGUCCUAAGUGAGCCAGUGUUGAUUACUUCCAAAGGAAAGUGUAUAACGUACACUGGCAUUGUUGAGGGAUUUUCUACCUACUACCGCAUGUGCAGCAACUGUGGUCUAAAAUACCGCUAUCAAGAGUGGACUGAUGGUCUUCACAAUUUUGAUGACCAUUUGCUGAUGUCAUUACACAUGUGUGUUGUCCUGCGCCAUUCACUCCAGACUCAUCAUGCCAUUAGCAGAGCUGUUGAGGUUUUGGAGACCACAACACAACAGAAAUUUCCACGUAAAGAAAAAAUCCUUCAUGCAUAUAUGCAUUUCGAAGCACUAACAGACCAUGACUAUGCAUACUCCUGUGUUAAGUGCGGCUACCAUCCCGCGGUUGUUGUGAUGGAUCUUCACAAAAAGGCGGCAUUUAAUAUGCCUGUGAGUGAGAUUCCUCCUCCACCACCUGAAUAUGACGGUCAGGUCAAUUUGAAAGACUUUUGGACAUCUGUGACUGCCGAAGUAGUUUGCCGCGGCCUAUUGGGCAGUGCCCUUCAAAAUCCUUUUUUGGUGUCACCAUCAUACCACUACUGGGCUCCCUGGAUUGGUCCCAACACCAGAAGAGAAGAUAUUGUUUUAAAUACUGAGUAUGCCAAGAUGCACGCCCCACGACCAGCUACUGAAGAUGCCGAACUUCAAAUUACAGAAGAGAGGCUAGAAGAAGUGCUUACUGAUCUAAAGGUGGAUGUGGUGCGGCGCCUUUGCAAGCAAUGUGGUCUGGACCCAUCAGGUUCCAAAAUGGAUCUUGUUCUGAGACUUAGACAGGAGAUGAGAAACAGGUCAUCUUAUGACAAGGUUUUCCAGAAGGUUUGGGGGGCUUCAGGGGGUUGGGCAGUCAUCACAUGCCCCUGUGGAGUUGUGUAUUCCCUGAAGUUUCUCCUUCGGGCAGAGUCUCCGCGGGACUACGCAGAUUGUCUUUUGUCUUUUAAACAUUUCCCAAAUGUCAAUAUCUAUGACUUUGCAAGGGGCUUAGCCACACACACUAACCUUAGGGAGCCAGAAUGUAUCCCUUUCAGACCUUAUGAGGGACGACUAAAAGAGCCUACUCCAGAAAAUAUCAAACUAGCUGUUGACGGUCAACUGAAAGUAAACCUCCUUUGGUUGAAGGAAAAGAAGGACAAUGUCGAUCCAGAUUGUCACCCUGUUACAGGUUCAGCUGAACAUUAUGCGCUUUACGAUCUGUUUCAUGAAAAUAACACAAAAGAUGCCCGAGAUGCACUGCGUAAAAUUCAGAUAGUCCCAGAAUUGGCAGGCUGGGUGAACAGUCAAUGUGCUGAACAGCUUUUUUCUGACAUGAGAAAAAACAAUUACUUCCUCAACACACUCACUCCAUCUGGACACAUUUUCAUGAUGCGAAAUAUACUACAGCAUUACAACACAAAACAAAAUAAGAAGAUAGAAGAUGGCAUCAGAAAGAUUGUACCACAAAAUGCCCAGUUGCAUUUAGAUGUACAUGGCCAAAUAAUAAUGGUAGCCACACCCUCUGAUGGGACACCUGCAGCCACAGCCUCUGAUGGGACACCUGCAGCCACAGCCUCUGAUGGGACACCUGCAGCCACACCCUCUGAUGGGACACCUGCAGCCACAGCCUCUGAUGGGACACCUGCAGCCACAGCCUCUGAUGGGACACCUGCAGCCACAGCCUCUGAUGGGACACCUGCAGCCACAGCCUCUGAUGGGACACCUGCAGCCACACCCUCUGAUGGGACACCUGCAGCCACACCCUCUGAUGGGACACCUGCAGCCACAGCCUCUGAUGGGACACCUGCAGCCACAGCCUCUGAUGGGACGGAUGGAUCCGUGGCUAGGCUGAUGCAUGCGGAAAGGGAAAUAAAAGACUUCCGGCGCUGGGAAGGCCCGAAAACUUUGCAUGACUUUGUAUUAGAUUGCACAAAGCCACAGGACGAAGUAGUCUGUUCUGUUGGCACAACAGUCUUAAGAAGAGCAGAUUGUGUUGGUCUGGGAACCAAUUGUGAACUGGAGGCAACAGUUGUAAACUGCUGCCUUUCAUUGAUCUGCUACCUUGCUGGACAGAAGGGGUUAGAUGUCCUUGCUGUGGAUUCCUAUGUAUUGGCAUGUUGGAGUCCACCUCAAUGCGUAGACCCCUUUGAGUCACUACCAGCAGAUGCAGCAUUUAAAGACUGCAUCCUUUUUCCUAUAUGGACACCUGGACACUGGCACUUGUGUCAUGAUCGCAACAAAAUUGAUAGCUGGAAACUGGCAACUCGUUAAGAACAAGGAUAUUCCACCAUCGCAGAGAGACCACUUGGACUGUGGAGUGUUCAUGCUAAUGGUAUGUGACAAAUGAAGCUUCAAGUUAACCUUACCUGACUUUGGGGAUUGCAUUUCAAAGGCAAUGAGUAUAGGAAGAAUUUGUAAGUGAUUGGAAAUGAAAAAUUUUAAAAUAAAUAAAUUAUGUG